UUGAUUUAAAGAGCUUGGUGAUGGAAGGAAUGUGAUGUUAUUAUCUCACAUUCUUUGAGAACUUGGCUAGUUCAAAGUGUCAUUCUGCAGCUGCCAAUCCUCUACUUUUAAUCACUGCUUCUCGUUGUUGUCUUGGUUUGGUAAUUGCUGGAUCGAUGUGGAAAUGAGUAGUGUUUUGUUGGGUUUUACUUAAUUUCCUUAGAAUUGGAUGGUUACUCAUUGAUUAUGAAGAGGAACUUUCCAUCUUAUGUUGUUGAUUGUUUACAACUUGUAGGCUGCAGCUUUGUAGUUGUGGAUUCUGCUGUUUGGGGAACGACUGCUGACUGUAAGUAAUCUUCGUGGUGGUAGGAGCAAAGCAUUUGUUUCGGUUGGUUGGAGUUGGAAAGUUGAAAGAGUGAGAGAGCAAAUGGAUGGGCCUAAGGAGGGGGGACUCAGGAAUGUGAGCUCAACAUGCUCCAUAUCGGAAAUGGAUGACUUUGAUCUCUCGCGCCUCCUUGACAAGCCGAGGCUGAAUAUUGAAAGGCAAAGAUCAUUUGAUGAGAGAUCGCUAAGUGAGCUCUCAAUCGGGCUGGGAAGAGGAGGACAUGAUAAUUAUGAGAACACUUACUCGCCUGGUGCGCGGUCGGGGUUCGACACACCUGCCUCAUCUACUAGGAACUCGUUUGAACCCCAUCCAAUGGUGGCAGAUGCUUGGGAAUCUCUUAGAAAAUCUAUUGUGUACUUUAAAGGUCAGCCGGUCGGAACUAUUGCUGCUGUUGACCAUGCCUCUGAGGAGGUUUUGAACUAUGAUCAGGUCUUUGUGCGUGAUUUUGUACCAAGUGCUCUGGCGUUUCUCAUGAAUGGAGAGCCUGAGAUAGUAAAGAAUUUUCUGUUAAAAACAUUGCUUCUUCAAGGGUGGGAGAAGAGGAUAGAUAGAUUCAAGCUCGGUGAAGGAGCUAUGCCUGCUAGUUUUAAAGUUCUUCAUGACCCUGAAAGAAAAACUGAUACCUUGAUUGCGGAUUUCGGUGAGAGUGCCAUUGGAAGGGUUGCUCCAGUUGAUUCUGGAUUCUGGUGGAUCAUCUUGCUACGAGCAUAUACAAAGUCAACUGGGGAUAUGACGCUGUCGGAGACACCAGAAUGUCAAAAGGGAAUGAGACUUAUACUCUCACUGUGUUUGUCAGAAGGGUUUGAUACAUUUCCUACCUUGCUUUGUGCUGAUGGAUGCUCUAUGAUUGAUCGCAGAAUGGGUGUAUAUGGCUAUCCCAUUGAAAUCCAAUCACUCUUCUUCAUGGCAUUGCGGUCUUCUCUAUCCAUGUUGAAGCAUGACACAGAAGGCAAUGAGUUCAUUGAGAAGAUCGUGAAACGGUUGCACGCCUUGAGUUUCCACAUGCGGAGUUACUUCUGGCUGGACUUCCAACAGCUAAAUGACAUAUACAGAUAUAAAACUGAGGAGUACUCACACACCGCAGUAAAUAAGUUUAAUGUGAUCCCCGAUUCUAUCCCCGAUUGGGUGUUUGACUUUAUGCCAACCCGCGGUGGCUACUUCAUUGGCAAUGUGAGUCCAGCAAGGAUGGAUUUCCGAUGGUUCGCUUUGGGGAAUUGUGUUGCCAUCCUAGCGUCUCUCACCACUCCGGAACAGUCGAUGGCCAUCAUGGAUCUCAUCGAAUCUCGCUGGGAGGAGUUGGUUGGAGAAAUGCCUCUCAAAAUUGCUUAUCCUGCUAUAGAGAGCCAUGAAUGGCGCAUUGUCACGGGCUGUGAUCCCAAGAACACGAGGUGGAGCUAUCACAAUGGCGGGUCUUGGCCAGUGCUUUUGUGGAUGCUGACCGCUGCCUGCAUCAAGACGGGAAGGCCCCAAAUUGCGAGAAGAGCGAUCGAUCUUGCCGAGCAACGGCUGCUGAAGGACGGUUGGCCGGAGUACUACGAUGGGAAGCUCGGUAGAUAUGUAGGUAAGCAGGCAAGGAAGUAUCAGACAUGGUCCAUCGCUGGAUAUCUGGUGGCAAAGAUGCUGCUCGAGGAUCCUUCGCACUUGGGAAUGAUCUCACUCGAAGAGGACAAGCAAAUGAAGCCUGUGCUCAAGAGAUCAAGCUCUUGGACUUGCUGAUUACCCAGAUUUGAAAGUGUGACGAAUUCUUUAACUCUCUUCUGGUGGAACACAAACCAGUUCUUCUUCUUUCACGUGCAGCAGCUCCUUGGUGGUAAUUUGAAGUAGAAAGAUUGAUCUUUUCCCCCCCCUUCAUUUUCUUUGUUUGCUGUCCAUGUGAUGAUUUGUACAAUAGCCAAAGACUGAAAAUUUGGUUGCUUUCUUUCUCGAAUAAGAUUGGCAUUUUACUUUUUUUUUUGUCUUGACGGGAAGAAAGAUAAGAGCUUUCUUUCAGUUUCUGUUUGGAUAGAGAGAGGAGACACUAUAGAAAACUUUUAGGAGUUGAUUUGUGAUCAUUAGUUCUAUUCUACACUAUGGUUGCCAAAUUAUUGCAAAUCAUUGGUCUUUCCUACGGUAGGUUUCUCGGGAAGAAACUGUGUUUUUGAAACAUUAGUUUCCUUCAGUUCCUCUA